AAGAUAGUAAUCAAAUUCGUGCAUGCCCCGUUUGCGCCUAACACUCAACAGGUAGAAAGCGAUUUUUUUAGCUUCUUCUUCAUUUUUACUUUCUCCGGCUAAAACGAGGCGGAAGAUGGUGGCGGAGAGCCUGAGAACGAAGUGGAUGGCUAUGACGGCGAGCAUAUGGAUCCAGUGCACCGGAGGAGGGUCCUACACCUUCGGAAUCUACUCCGCGAUCUUGAAAUCAAGUCAAUCCUACGACCAAUCAACCCUUGACACAGUCUCCGUCUUCAAAGACAUCGGGGGUAACGUCGGCGUUUUAUCGGGACUUGUAUACACUGCAGCAACUUUCAAUCGCCGACGCCGAGAUGAACGGGAAGGCCGAGGAGGACCGUGGGUGGUGAUUUUGAUCGGAGCCAUCCUCUGUUUCACCGGUUAUUUCCUCAUGUGGGCUUCCGUUACCGGUCUGAUCAGGCGACCGCCGGUUCCGGUUAUGUGUCUCUUUAUGUUCAUAGCUGCUCAGUCUAUGACGUUUCUUAACACGGCCAACGUCGUCAGCUCCGUUGAGAACUUCUCCGAUUAUGGUGGCACUGCCGUUGGAAUUAUGAAGGGGUUUGUGGGUCUAAGUGGAGCAAUGUUAAUUCAACUGUAUGGAACAGUAUGUCCUGGAGAUCCAAAGAGUUUCAUUCUUCUACUUGCAGUAGUACCUUCACUUCUCUCUCUACUGGUGAUGCCUUUAGUCAGAAUAUAUGAGACGACCACGGUCGAUGAGAAGAAGCAUUUAGAUGGUUUCUCAACUUUAUCUCUUAUCAUCGCAGCUUACCUUAUGGUCAUUAUCACUAUCAAGGGCAUUUUGGGUUUACCACCAUGGGCCAAUGCCGUCACACUUGCAAUUCUACUCUUUCUUCUUGCCUCGCCUCUGCUAGUUGCAGUAAGAGCACGGCGAGGCGAUAUCGGGAAACCAUUAAUAUCGCCUGCUUAUUCUCCUCUGGUAGAGAAUCUUGAAGCAAAAGACUCUGGUGAGAUCUUGGUGCAAUUUGAAGAUAAAAGCUUGAACCUUUUACAAGCUAUGCGUCGUGUGGACUUCUGGUUGCUGUUUCUUGCGAUGGUGUGUGGGAUGGGAUCGGGGAUUUCGACGAUAAACAACAUCAGACAGCUAGGCGAGUCUCUUCGAUACUCGACACUCGAGAUCAAUUCGUUGCUGUCUUUAUGGAGUAUAUGGAACUUUAUUGGUCGGUUCGGAGCCGGUUAUGUCUCGGAUGCAUUGCUCCACAGAAAAGGAUGGCCACGUCCGUUGCUAAUGGCUGCAACUCUUGGAACCAUGUCCAUAGGCCAUCUGAUCAUAGCCUCUGGUUUUCGAGGAAACCUCUACGCCGGUUUGGUUAUCGUUGGAAUUUGUUACGGCUCGCAGUGGUCGUUGAUGCCAACAAUUACGUCAGAGCUGUUCGGGGUUAAGCACAUGGGCACGAUCUAUAAUACCAUUUCGAUCGCUAGUCCUAUGGGUUCGUACAUCUUCUCUGUGAGGUUGAUUGGUUAUAUCUAUGACCAUACCAUAACAGGAGAAGGUAACACGUGUUAUGGUCCUCAUUGUUUCCGAUUGUCCUUUGCGAUUAUUGCAUUUGUGGCUUUCCUCGGAUUUCUGGUCUCUUGCGUGUUGGUUUUUCGGACAAAGUUUCUGUAUCAACAGAUCUUCGAGAAGAGGUUGCUUCGUCGUCGGUAAAGUGUUGUGGCUUGUGAAUAUUCAGGUACAGUGCCCUGCCAUUUGUGUUUGUAUUUACAUGUGAUCCAUUGUUUAUUUGUUUAUAUUUAUUUAUUUUAUGAUUGUAAAAUAAAAUACAAGUAAAUAUAUAUAUUUAUUUGUGUGAGGUUUUUGUUUUUGUUUUUUAAGAAGUAUAUCCCCCAAAACUGUGAUGACUUUAGUGUUUAAAUUCGUUUCUUACGUUUAUCAUACAUAGUCUAAGUUGUGUGACAUAAAUGAAGUAUCAAUGUAAGAACCAAUGUCAGGAUCUU